UGGUAGGUUACAGAGUACAACAUUCACUGGCUCUACCUUCUCCCUAUAUAAGAGUAAAUAUAUUUUCCUCCUGUUAUUUUACUUAACUGCAUAGAGGUUUGUGUGGAGACUUUUAUAUAUUGUGUUAGUUUUAUUUGUGUGAUUUGUGUAAGCCUGCAUCGUUUUAUGACACACCUUAUAAGCUGAUCAGCUCUUUUACUGCAGCUUUUAAUAUUGUCUUAUUUACUUUGUGUUUAUUGAAAGGUUAUUCGCCAAAUAUAAGGUUUUUUUUUUUUUUUUUUUUAAAGUGAAUUCAUCUUUCAAAGUCUUCUCUGUUUUCAGCGUGACUAUUUUGGCUUUAAAUAUCAAUGUAAAUUUAAUUAGAAAUGUUGAUAAUUUCUAUAAUUAAUUUGGUGAAUAACUCUGUAAAUCCUGCAGAAUAUUUGGAGUUUUAUGUUAUGUAUUUGCAGACUAACUGGUGUGUUCAGACUUUCAAUACAUUCUAUGUGCUAAAAUUGCUUCCAACACUUACACGGUUAUUUACAAAAGUGAGAAUUCCAAAUUAAUUCCCAAUUUAGGGUCAAAAUAGCCAAACUGGAAAAAGUCAGCAAAACUUUCAGCUUGGCUACUCUGCUCUUAAAUUUAAUUUAAUAAAGCUCUUACAUUUUAAGCUUUUUGGAAAAUAUGUUGUUUGCCACUUCCGAUUCGUUGUGUAUAGUUGACUCUAAACUCUGUUUUUCAUUUAGCUGUAGUGUUACUGUUGCAUUGUGGGGUUUAUCUGCAUAUUACUUUGUAUUAAUUUGCUAGAUUCGAAUUUUGCCCACACAGAAUGUAAAUACAGGUAAAUGUAGAGGUUAAAAUGUGUCAUUUGUUUCAUACAUUAAAAGAGGGAAAAUGUUUGUUGUCACACAGUGAAAAAACUAGUGAUUUUGUAAACCAUAAAGUAAAAAGGAUGAGAAAAGUAUAUAUACAACUGUACUCUAGUUAACUAAAAAUUCCCUUGUGCUAGCAAGCAGCCAGACUGUUUUUAUAGAGGUGGCAACAUAUAUGACUUAUAGUUGCUACUUUGGAGGAAUAACAAAUUGUUAUUAAAUAGACAGACAGUCUUGGGUUAUGUCCAGAGAUGUAGAUGGCUAGUUAAACUAGAGCAACAGAGAAAAAAUAUAUUGAUUAAAUACUCUUAAUCCAAAUAAUGGAGAGCUGUCUAGUGGAGCUGAUGGUGAUUCAGCAGGAGUUCUAAGCUGUGCCUUCGUGGGCACCUAAUCUUCUAUCAAGACAAUCUACUCGCUAUGCAGUAACUAUCUCUAGCUGUCUGCUGAAAGGUAAUUACCUAUUCUGUGCCUUCAAGGGCACCUAUCGUGCUGAUUAAGGUAAGUACCUAAGGUGGAGGCAGCUCCUAUCUGGAUUAGUAUUCAAUAAGUAACGGCUCAGUAUACCAGCAACUUCACUAAAAUAUAUCGUGUAGAUCUGGAGCUUGAAAAAGCCGAUCAGGGGGCAAAGUAGCAUCUGUAAGAGUUAAGAGAACUCUUUAGGGUGCCGAGGUUUAUUGUUGUCCUGAGCCGAGCGCUAACGUGCUCUUCAGGGGAAAGCUGUGUAUUAAGUUAUAUUUGUGUAUAGCAGCUCGUCUUUGGGUGAGGGUUUUUGCUUUGCUAUGAUGAGCUUCAAAUAGUUGGUGUUAUUGUACAUCUGGCUGUAUAUUGGGUAGUAAAUUAACAAGGGACAGGUGGGCACACCUGGUGUACAGCCGUAAACACUUGACUAUGAAAACUAGUAAAGAUAAGGGUGCUCACUCCAAAAGCCCCAUUUCCAAAAGGCUACUAAAAUAUUCAGACAAUACUGAAAGGAGGAGCACAACCAAUAAAAAAUGCAAAAAGCUUUAUUGUACAAGAACACAUAACAGGUAUCAACAAAGACAUCUUAGAAUGUCAAUAUACUCAGACAUAUCUAUCAAAUUUUAUUUAUAAAAUAUUUUACCAGGAAAGAUACAUUGAGAUUUCUCUCGUUUUCAAGUAUGUCCUGGGUCCACAAAUCAUUGCAUUGUUACAUUCGGGUACAAUAAAAUACAAAAAACAAUAUUGAUAUACAAAAUUUAACAUAGAACAGGUAGGAAAUAUAUAAUCAACCAUGACAGGUGCAUUCUGUUUUUUAGAGAGGGAUCUCUUAAAGGACUUUAGACUUGGGAAAGAUUUUAAAGUGUGCGGGAGGUCAUUCCACAAUUGCGGUGCUCUGUAGGAGGAGGAGGAUCGGGCUGCUUUCUUUUUGUAUUGAGGUAGACUAAAGUGCUGGUACUGGAUCGGAUGUUAUAGGAAGUGGGAACAGCCAGGGAGAGCAUUUUGUUCAGGUAGGGUGGAAGCUUCCCAGAAAAGCUCGUAAACACAAGGCUGGAAAGAUGAAGGGUGCGUCUGGAUUCCAGCGACAGCCAGUUUAGUUCCUUUAGCAUGUCACAAUGGUGGGUCCUGUAAUUACAUUGUAGCACAAAUCAACAGAACGAGUUAUACAAUGUAUUGAGUUUAUUAAUGUGGGAUUGCUAUGCAGAUGCAUAUACUACAUCCCCAUAAUCAAUGAUUGGCAUCAGCAUUUGCUGUACAAUCUUUUCCUUUACUGUAGGGCUUAUACAGGAUUUUUAUCUGUACAGGGCACCUGGUUUUGGAUAAAAUUUAGAUGCAAGUUUUUCUAUGUGGAGGCCAAAAGAUAGAUUGGGGUUAACAUCAUCCCUAAGUAUUUGAAAGAGUGGACUGCGUUCAGUGUGCCAUUUGACUUUGUUUUGAUGGAUAAAUGGGAAUUGUGUAAUUUGUGUAAUUUAGGUACUGUUCCAAAGAUCAUUGUGACAGUUUUUUUGGGGGGGGGUGGGGUGGUGAGGGGGCGCAAAAAUUCAAAUCCCCUGCCUCUGGCUGGUGACUCUUCUUUCCUUUUUUUUUUUUAAAUUACCUCACUCUCCCUGGACCCUGCAGCCAGUGAAGUCGACCGGCCUCUCCUGAUGUCAGGAGGAGGGGGUGUGACUUCCACCGCUCUUCUCCCAGACUCCCCAGCAGAUAGGAGAAGAGCAGUGGAAGUCACGCCUCCUUCACCUCCGCCAACUUCACUGGCGCUGUGUGGAUGCAGGCUCCAGCUCAUGUCUUACCCCUCCCUGGCCCAAGUUAAGCUUCAUUAAGAUGGGGACACAUUUUUUUUACAUCCAGAUUCUUCCCCGUUGCACCCUCCCAUAGACCCUGUGUCCCCCUUUAGAGCCCCUGUCCACCCCAACAGGGGUGCAUAAAAGGUAGCUCCCCAGAUGUUGUAGAACUAAAUCUUCCAUGAUACUUUGCAUGCCUUUAGAAUGGAAAAACAUUAUGGAAGCUGUAAUUUUAAAACAUCUGGGCAUCUACCUUUUGGGCAGCUCUGCACUAGGAUAUAUGUUCAAGACUAAUCACUGACAACCACCCUAAAGUGAUAUCAAAGAUAGUGAAAUAAGUUAGCUACCUUCUGUACACUAUUAAGCUGCACUGAUGAUCUGAUCACUGUGCACCUAGUCGAGCCUCCAAAACUGUGGCACAUAUCUACCAAAUGAUGCUAAACUAAAAUCCUAGGUACAGUGCAUUUGAGGGCACCUAUCAUAUGAAUAAAAUAUACAUAUAACUGAGGCAUUACUAAAGACUUUCUACAAUGUAAAUCAAAAAUGUUCAAGAGAAUUAAAUGAAAUAAAAUAGAAAUGUUGAAACAAACCAAACAGCCAUAGUGUCUCUCAGCUGUCAAAAUAAAUUUCUCUUAUCAGCAUGGUGGUGAGGGUAGACAGCUGCCCUUGACGUGUGAGUUUCUCCAGUACACAGCUCUUCAGAGAGUAGAUAGUUGGUGUUGUUAUUGUACAUCUGGGUUGUGACAUGUUAAAGGAACACUUUAGGGUCAGGAGCACAGACAUGUAUUCCUGACCCUAUAGUGUUAAAACUACAAUCUAUCCCCCCUGAAUAUAGUAGAAUUUUACCUUUAGUAAAGUCUGCUGCUGCUGGCUCUGCCACUGAUUGACCUGCUUGGCUGACAUCAUCAGAAGUGGUGGUCUCAGCCAAUCACAAUGCUUUCCCAUAUGAGAGCAUUGGAUUGGCUAAGAUUGUCAAGGAGGCAGAUCCUGAGCAGAGCCAGCACAAGCCAACACCAAUCAGCAUCUCCUCAUAGAGAUGCAUUGAAUCAUCUAUUCUGUGGAACUCCUUUCCUUUCUCCGUUAGACUUUCCCCCAGUCUCCACUCCUUCAAAAAAAUCUUUGAAAACACCCUUCUUCAGGAAAGCAUAUAAUUUAAACUGUUAGCUGGUUUUCAUCCCCCUCCCCCAUGACUCCUCUCCUGCAACUGUCAAAAAUGACCUACUAAGUUCUCAGUGAAUACUUUUCUAGCAACCUAUUUCAUUACCCCUACUUACAGUUGCAAGAAAAAGUAUGUGAACCCUUUGGAAUGAUAUGGAUUUCUGCACAAAUUGGUCAUAAAAUGUGAUCUGAUCAUCUAAGUCACAACACUAGACAAUCACAGUCUGCUUAAACUAAUAACACACAAUGUUGUCUUGUUACAAUUACAUGUCUCUUAGUCCACCCAUUGUACAGCUCUACAGAAUUUGCUGGCAAUAUAAUAAAUAAUAUAAUAAUGUGUGUUUUUCCGCUAGAACAGUGAUGGGGAACCUAUGGCAUGCGUGCCACAGGUAGCACGCUGGGCCCUCUCUAUGGGCACGUGGCCAUAGGUUCGCCAUCAAUGCAGAAUAGGCGCCUGCCUGCCCAAAACGGCAGGCGCCUACUCUGCUUCAUUGUCGGCAGGACCUGAAGCAGGGGGAGGCAUCGAGGAAGUAGCUCUCCUGUCUUCCCUCGAGCUGUGUGGAGCGUUGCCACGUGUUACCAUGGAAACACCCCACACAGCAUCCCGCGGGAGGACAGGAGACAUGCAGGCUCCGAUCCUACAUACUUCCCACCACCGGACCACCAAGGAUGGAUGUGUUCCCCCCCCCCCCACCCCCUUUCACCAAAGGUAAGAUGAAGGGGGGGGAUACUGAUUCAAUAUGCAUGUAUCUUAAACCUCCCAACAGAGCACCCCUACUAAACCCCAAAGAGAGCACCCCUACUCCCCACACACACCCCUACUCCCCCACACACACAGCACCCCUACUCCCCCACACACACAGCACCCCUACUCCCCCCACACACAGCACCCGUACCCCCCCACACACAGCACCCCUCACACACACCUUUACACACAAACACAUACACUGCACCCCUCAAUGCAGUAUAUGUGUGUGUAUUCAGCAGUGUGUGUAUUCAGCCGACUGCGUGUGUAUGUAUUCAGUGGACUGUGUGUGUAUUCAGCGGACCAUGUGUAUGUUUGUGUGUAUUUAGCGGACUGUGUGUAUGUAUUAAGCAGUCGGUGUGUGACUGUGUUCAGCUGUGUGUAUGCAUUGAAUUUGUUGGAGAUACUAAUAAGUAUAAGCUUAAUUUUAUCUAUUAAUAUCAUUAUUUAAAAUUUGUAUAAUUGAACUUUCUGUUGUGUCUUUUAAAACAAAAGAUGUUAACUAGUUCGGACAACUGUACGAGUUGUUUUUUCUAAACUUAAAUCUCAGUAUUCAGGUUUUAUUGCCGUGUUGACACUUUGAGGAAAAAAAAGUUGGCAUGUAUUGCGGUUUGGGCACUCUGGCUCAAAAAGGUUUGCCAUCACUGCUCUAGAAUGUAAGCCCAUUGAGCAGGGCCCUCCACCUCUCUGUUCCUGUACAUCCAGCUGUCUUGUUACAUUUACAUGUCUUAGUCCACCCAUUGUACAGCAAUACGGAAUCUGAUAGCGCUAUAUAAAUAAUAUAAUAAUAAUAAUGUGUAUAACAUAUAAUAUGUUUAUGUGAUGCAAGUGGUUGUUGUUUCUUGCUAUGUGCAUAGUGUAUUAUUUGACUGCAAUUCCUAUCAUUUUUUGCAAGCUAUAAAGUUGCUGUGGACUGCUCAAUAUGCUUUGCUGGCUUUUUUUUUUUUACCAAAUAUUCAAUGGUCUCACUAAAUGAACCCACAAGAUCCUGCGGGAUGUACAGCGCUACAGACUUUGCUGGCACUUUACAAACAAUAUAAUAAUAAUGUAUAUUUCAAUGGAAAAUUGCAAAAUAAGAAGUGGUCACCAUGGAAAUCAACAGAAUAUCUCAACAUUCAGUACUCUUCUUCGAACUGCCUUGAGAUAUAUAUGAUAAUUUGUCCUAUUAUUAUCUUUCCCAUGGACGUCCUACAAUUUUUCCUCCACCUACCAUGUAUUCUGCCCAGUUCCCUCCCUAUCCAAGUUGAAUCUUCCAAAUCUGUUUCCUGUUUCCUUUCAAACUAUCCAGCCCUCUCUCUGCUCUUGCAAGAAUGUAAGUAUAGUGUCAACAUCACAGUCAGAAUGCUGCGUUAUCAAACCAUUGUCAUUAUUGUCUUCUGACAACUAUGUAGCAUUCCUGAGAGCUCUCUAAAGAACAGAUUGUGAUCUGCACUGCAAUAAAUUUCAUUGUAACACGAUCUCUAAAUACUGCAUGCCAGUAGAUGAGUGUUAAUUACAAUUUAGGUUACCUGAGGUUAUCGUAAGUCUACAUAACAUUUUUACUGUGAGCAUUAUUUUUUAAUUUUAUUACUGGCAUUUAUAAAGCGCCAACAUAUUCCGCAGCGCUGUACAAUUGGAUUAACCUAUCUGUCACCAAAUUCUCUCCUCAAGAACCACUACUAGACAGCUUUUUCAUACAGUGACAUUUAUUUAGAAGGCAGUUAGCAUAUUGGUAAUAAAAUCUAAUUAUUUUGCUUUGAAUUUUCUUUAGGGACAGGCAAAAAUCAAAUCAUGAGUGGACUAUUGCAGUCACUGACUCCCUGCAAUCACUGAAUGACUGACUAAUAUGUAUUCUCAAUGUUCCUUUUGAUACACUUAGGAUAUGAUUCCUAAAUGGAAACAAUCAAUUCUUUAGAAUUUACACCAUUGAAUGAAACCUUUAAAAAUCCCCUAUAAUUUGUAUUAACCUUUUUUUACAUGACAUGCCCAGUUUUCUUUUAAAUUAAGGCAAAGUCAGGGCAAACAUUGCAAAUGAGGAGGUAAAAUAGUAAUAUAUAUUGUUUCAUUUAUCUUCUCUGUGCUAACUGCAAGGUGCAAAGGACACAGCUUAUAUCAAUGAUUGACAGGGAGCUAAGAGGGAGGCUCUUAUUUGUAGACUAAAGACGAGUAAGUUUCUAAGUUCCAUUUUAAUUUGAAUACAUCAAGAAUACUUGUUUGUUUUAAAAAAACAAAAAAAUACUUAAUGAGUAAACAUAUUGUUUUCAAUCUUGUAAAGUGACAUUUCCCAGAAAAUCACAUUUCAGUUUUCUAAAGUGAGCAGUGUAGGUUUUUGUUUUAAAUGGUUUUUAUUUUUGAGAAUAGCAUAAACUCAAGCAUAUUAACGACAUUUGAAAUGAGUUUGCCAACACAGAGGCUUAGCUUAGCUGUGGAGAAGCGUUGUAUAAUAACCAGCUAUCAAGCGUAACAAGGGUUCAGAUCAACAGUUCCAGGACAGCAGUAACGGGGUGAACAUUUUAUCAGUGUGGCUAUCAGUAAUCAUUUACAGGUCUCCCUCUCUUGCUCUUCCUCUCACUAAAUUUUUCAAUCUCUCCCUUUCCUCUGGCACAUUUAUCUCACCCUUCAAACAUGCAACUGUAACCCCGAUUCUGAAAAAGCCCAUCCUUGACCCCAACUCCCCAUCCAACUACCAUCUCAAAAACAUAGCGUGCAUUCGCCCCUAAUUAACCCCGGGUGCGGCUAAGGUGCUGGUCCAUGCUCUUGUUCUCUCUCGUCUUGACUACUGCAAUACCCUUCUCAGUGGUUUUAUGUGCUCCCAGAUUGCACCGCUCUAAUCUGUAACGAAUGCGGCGGUGAGGCUCAUUUUCCUGUCUGCUCGCACCUCCCAGCUCUGUCAGUCCCUGCAUUGGCUUCCAGUUAGAUAUAGGGCUCAAUUUAAAAUUAUGGUGCUUGCUUACAAGUCCCUACAUAAUACUGCUCCAACCUACCUAUCCUCCCUAAUACACAAGUAUGUCCCGUCAAGGCCCCUACGCUCUGCCAAAGACCUACGUAUAUCCUCUGUCCGUACGCCCACCUCUAAUGCUCAUCUCCAAGAUUUCUCCAGGGCUGCACCGCUUCUGUGGAACUCCCUUCCCUUCUCUGUAAGACUUUCACCCAGUCUCCACUCUUUAAAAAAAUAAUUGAAAACUCACUUUUUCAAGAAAGCAUAUCAAUUAAACUGUUAGCAGGUUUUUAUGCGCCAUGACUCCUCUCCUGCAACUGUCAAAAAUUACCUACUAAGCCCUCAAUGAAUAUUUUUCUAACAACCUACUUCAUACUCCUACUUUUACCCUUUGUGUCACUUAGUCACUUUACCCCACUACCUCUAGCAUGUAAGCUCAUUGAGCAGGGCCCUCCACCUCUCUGUUCCCGUACGUCCAAUUGUCUGGUUACAACUACAUGUCUGUUAGUCCCAUUGUACAGCGCUACAGAAUGUGAUGGCGCAUUUGAUUCGUUAUUGUGAGGGACGUAUGGUCGCAAGUGGUGCAGUUUUGGCUGACAGAGACCUAUCAUGAGGUAUAAUGAGUGUGCGUGUGCCUGUAUAGAGGCCUAUUGUGGGUUUUUUAGUAUGGAUCAGAACCGUUCAUUUAGGUUGCUUAGUGAGUGUAUUAUGAACCGUGUACCGGGCUAAAUACAAGUAUCGGGCAUGGUGCUGCAUGGGGUGCGUGGUCGCCUUCAUGUGGGCAUCUUAACUUGUUAAUGAAAUGGGUGCAGGAAUGUCAGGCAGGAGGGUAUGCGUUUUGCCGUCUGAGCCUGGUAAAGGCAUAGCGUAGCUUGCCUGAAUUUGCACGUUUGCCUUUCUAUUUCUCAUGACAAUGGGCAAGGCCUAGCUCGUGUGAUUGCGACUUGCUGCGUGAUCGUGGCUAUGCGCGGUCUGAGCUUAAGAGUAGAGCCGUCAGAGCGUCGGAUAUGGGCAGUGCAGUGCUAGUGUCGGGCAUUGAUGCGUGGGAUGGUCACCUGCGUGAAUCGUAUGUCGUGUUUGGUGUCUAAUGAGUUGUAUGGAGUGUUUAUUCGUGAAUGAGUGACCUGAAAUGUUCAUGUCUGCCUGCGGAUUGUGUGCUUUGUUGUCUUAUUAUAAGGAGGCCAUACGGAUAGCGCCGAUGUAGGUAAUAAGGCAUGGCAAUGAUGCACUUUACUUGCACAUGGAAUAGCUGAAGCUGGUCAUCAUACUUUGUGUAAAUUUAGGCAGUAAUAAAGAAUAUGAGCAUAGACAGAGCUUGUACGUUGUAAAACUAAAUUGUGAAGAAGGUGAGUGUCCUAAAUGUUCAGUUGGUUCCCUAAGUAUAUGAAGACUGGUGCAAUGUCCAAAUACGAGAGUAACAAGGUAUAUGUUAAUCUGGAUCUACAGAACGUGAAAAGGUGAGUCGCUUCACUGGAGGUGGCGUUAUAGCGCCUGGUGUGAGGCGAUUGUCCAGCAUGGAGUUAAUGGCCUCUUGGGAGGUAUAUGUAUAAGCUUUCCUCUGCCGUAGCCUCUUUACAGGUUUGUACCAGGAAUGCAUAUCUUUGCUGAGCUGGUCGUUCACUACAGGGCCCCCCGGCUCCUCCGGUGCGGCUAACCCCCUCUGUUUCCCUCCAGGCAUGCUCCUGCCGGUCAGCAGAAAGUUCCACAGUGCUGUGGGCACACAGGGACAUCAGCAGUCCGGCGGGCUCCCCACCCCUGAAAAGUCAGGAGGCCCCUCGUCCCCUGCACCUCCCCAACUCCUGCAGACCCACGCUGGAGCUCCAGCCCUGUUAUGCCUCACCCUUCUCCGGUCACAUGCAUGCCGCCGGUGUUCGUCUCCCCGGCCACCGGUCCGCCGGGGGGUCCAGCUCACCCCGGCGCCACAGGGCACACAGAGUUGGGGGCAAUUGCCCCUGGACCACCACCAAAUCCAGAGGUCAAGGCCGGCUUCGCGCCGAUCAGUCUGCCACUCGGAAGGGUCCGUCCGUGGGAUCCACCACCCCGGAGGGCCCAGGUGGCCCAGCGUGGCUCCCAGUAGCAUGUGUAUCCAGUGGCCAUCUUGGCUCCACGUGGGUAGGGGCUCUGUAUCGUGUGGGAUCACCCCCGCCGGCCUGAGGGGGGGGCGGGGCCAGGACUCCCCUCUCUCCCUCUGACACCUUGUCUCACGGCUUCCGCUGUCUUCGCGUGCUUGUAGGCCUCAUGGGCUUAUCGUGCUCCGAUUGUGAUGGUGGCGUGGCAAGUGUUACUGCAUUUUGCUCCUGAGCCUCUCCCCACUUGAUGCACGAGUUUGCCCCGGCUCCUGGUGGGCUCUUAGGUCUGCAAUUUGAUGUAUUUAGGUAGUUCAGAGCCGGAGCUAGCAUGGAUGGCACCUGCUCAGCUCGGCGGCCUGGCCCCGCCCCCCACUGUAGGUUUUUGUAUAGUGAAGUGACCCGGCUUUCUUUUCAGUUAUUUUUUAUUGAAUAUUUUAAACUUUAUAUCAAUAUAUGCAGUACACUUUAAUUUAUACAAAACAAAUCAAAUAUACAUAAAAAUAUAUGUAUACAAUUACUUCAUUAUAUUAUUCAUAGUUUACAAAGAAACUUUUAUGGGGGGGAAAGAAAGUUUCUAUAUGAAACUUUAUUAAAGGGGGAGAAAGGAAGGACCAGAGAGGAUUGGUAUUGUGACCUGUUUUUUUGAUGACGGAGUAUGAUACAUCGUGGGGUAGGGCUGCACAAAGUCUCCAAGAAGGGCCGAAUGGUUCUUAUCUGCCAUUACAUUCUAUGUUAUGUUUCGCGUAUACCAGCACAUCCUGUCUUGCUCUGUUGGUGAUGUGUACAUACAUACCCUGAAUUUAUUUGAUAACCCAAACUCAGGAUUUUUAAUUUUUUUUUAUUUUAAAUUAUUUAUUUUUGUGUGCAUACGUUUAACAUAUGAUCUUUCCAUGCCCCAACAGCAUGGGCAGGACAGUUAAUUGGAUAACGCAUAACAGUUACAAGGCAUUCGAGUAUACUGCACAUUUAUUGUUUAAAUUACAGGCUAGGCAGAGCAUGUCUAGGUUAACUAUUGAGCGAGUGAUACCAGGCUAUACAAAUCCUAGGCAUAUUGAUAGAGAGAUGUGGAAUUAAAAUGAGUAAGACAGGCUAAUAAAAACGUAGUGAAAGAAUAACAGUGUUAAACCAAAUAAUAAGAUGGUUGUUGCUUGUGUGCCGCUGGGUUUUUGCCACGUGGGUUAGUCUCUGUCAGACUUAGCUUAGUUGGCAGCCAGCUCAUGUAGUCGGAAUGUCAGCCGAUACCUUGGCUGGGUACCCAUCUUCCACAUGUGUACUGUCCACAGGCAUGCAACAUUUCAGGAUUGAGGCAUUCCCCAUAUCCCAGGCUCGUUCCAGGGCCUGUACCGUGUUAUCAUGAACUCGGAGGUUCCCUGAGUCCCAGUUCCACCCAUCCAGGUGUUUGCAGGGGGCUUUGCUGCUUUGGGGCAGGUGUCUGCGUGUCGAUCCUCUCUGCAUUCGUGUUCGGUGCGUUGGGGGUAUUCCCCAGGUGGCCCUAGACCCAGGGAGGUGCAGGAUAUGGCGUUUUGCUGACCUUGAGGUUGGUUUGCCUUUGGAGGGUCUCUUGUUGUCCUGCCUUGUGUGUGUGCUCUCACCCGUGGUAGUUUUGCAGGGGGUGCCCGCUUCAUCCGGUCCAUUAAGGUUGCCCAAAAGCGGUUGAAGGCUGCUUCCAGACGCUCUUCAACGUGGCUAAGUGGGUCUAUGAGGUCGGCUUGACGCGGCACUGGGUUCCGCUUCAAAGGCGCGGGUGCGUCCGCCAUCUUGUGUGCCGCCGCUCGGCGCUCAAUUUGUUGUUACGGCUUCUUCCAGCAUGUCUGGGGGGCCUCAGCGUAUAGCCCAGCGGGGGCUGGGAUAACCCCCACCGGCCCAGGGUGGGGGAAAGCGGGACCUAAGCUGUCCAUGGGGUGUAUGAUGGACGGGGGACCGUCCGCAUCCCCCGCCCUGUUGGAAGUUACAGGCCGCAGGGAACCCUCAUCUCCAAGAGUACGCUUUGCCUUCGAGGUUUCACCCCAAUAGGUUGCCCCUACAUUCCCCUGUUGAGGCAUGCCCAUGUCAGAGGAAAUUAGAGGGUAGAUUGUCCUUUUUUUUGCUUAGAACGGUAUUUAGGUUGAGGAGCUCCCUCAACCUGCGUCCUGCUCAGUCAGUGGUCAGGCCCCGCCCCCAAACUCAGGAUUUUUAAUAUUUACUUUUCCAUUAAUUUAAUAAAUAUCUAUUUGUGAGGUGUGAAUUUUUUUUUAUCCAUAUGCAAAUAAUCAAGUGUUGUAGUUCUAAAAUAAUAAUAAUCAAAUUUUAAUUUGUACUACUCUACGUCCAUUGGAGAAAAUCUGUUGGAGAGAAUAAGUCACCUGUAAUCACUGUCACCUGUAGAACAGAGGCUACUAGGAUCCUUCUUAGAUUCCAGAAAACUAGGAGAGACAGCAUGACCAGGUAGCUUUGGGCAAGGAGAGCUACACAAGGUUCAGUAAAAAUACAGAUUAAGGGAACAGUGCAAUGAGCAAAAAAAAGUUUGAAAAAUCUCACAAGGCUUCUGCUUUUUGAAGUGGUCACAGAGGAAGGAAUGGAUGUGUCGGUACAUGUGACUCUUCCUAAAGUCAGUUCUGUGCAUAUUUUACAUCUGUUGUCAGCAUUCUGGAGACAGAUGUAAGGCAAUUUUCCCCUCCAAAAAGAAGUUUGUGUCUACCCUCGCUCCUUCAUUGCAGCCCUCUCAACUCCUUAAUCCAUCCAUUUAAUUUUUUGGUUUUCUCCCCGCUCCCUCUCCCCAUUGCACUGGUGGAUCAGAGCGUGCGCAUGCACUCGGAGCUGGUUAAACGGUUGAAUCAAAUGUUUUACCGCGUGACAAUAGAGGUCGGUUCAGGAGGGGCCGCCCUUCACCUGGCGCUACAUUUCAGCUAAAUUAUACCUUAUUUUAUUUAUUCUUAGUGUUUGGGAGGGGGGAUCUUUAGAAUAAUGACCAAAGGACAUUAUUAAUUUUUUUCUUUAAGUUAGAAGGGUUGAAGUAACCAUUGGUCCAUAUCGUGGUAAAAGCGCACGGCUACGUCACAUUAGACCAAUAUUGCUGGGUCUUACAAUCAUUUUUAACAUGAGAUGAACAUGUUAACUGCAAUAUGUCUUAAACUGCUUCCAUUGACUCUCCUCCCUGGGAACUUUGCCCUGCACUGUAUUCCAGGUAAUUAAACUUCAUUUAAAACUAUUUUCAAGUUUUUGUUUGGGGGACACCCUUUCUAAUAAUGCCCUAUAGAGCAUUAUUUGCAGAAGGAAGGGGAGGGCUGGGGAAACCCUUCAAUCUGUGUUUGGUAUAUAUUUUGGUCUUUACUGCAGUACCAUUGCUGAGAAAUGCAUGUUCCGGGUGUGCCCCCAAAUCCCAUUUUUGUUUUUAUUUCUUUGUGUAUAAUUGGAAACCGGACCAGAUUCCUUUUGGGUUGACCACUCUGCUCCUCUAUCCUAGGUGCCUCUUUUGAGGUGACCACUGAAAAGCAUGAAUUUGAAGAGUCUCUAGAAGCAGUCUAAGCAGUAAUAUUGCUGUUACCAUGUUCAUUCCCAUAUAAAAUGACUGUAGAACCCACUGAUAUGGGACAGGUUAUUGUGGGGUAUUGUGACAUAGUGGUGGGCUUAACACGAUAUGGCCAUAUAGUAUAAUCCUUCUAUUUGUUUCCUAAGCUAGGUGAUUUAAUGUAGCCUUCUUUUCUAUGUGUGCUGUUCCUUAAUAUGUAUUUUGUAUUCAUUUUACAGCAGCACCAUUACUGACAUAUGCAUGUUCUAGGUGUGCACCCCCAAGCCCCUUUUUUAUAGGUUCAAUGUGGCACACCGCCUGGCACCCCGACUGGGUGCCUCCGCCAAUCGAUGCUCCUAGUGCUCACCGAGGACUCCAAGCACUCCACCAGACACCAUCAGCACUAUAGUCCCCACUUCCAGCGUUACAGCUUGGUUGGGAUCUCGCCGUCCUCCACCCACCCUGGACUCAAGACCAGGAUACAACUUCCAGUGGGCAGACCUCUCCUACUCCAGAGAGUGUAGCAGGCUGCUCUUAAAAGAGCAAGUGCUUAUAACCCAGAGGAGUAGAGUGAUAUAGCAAUCCCCAGGGUAGAUACAGCAGUUUCCCCCAUACAUGAAAUGAGACUGUAUAUUGAGGGUAGGCAGGAAUUCAUUUAUUGGCAGCCACAACUGGCGUUUAUAUGCAGGUCCCCAUGCAAGGGGCACUCCCCCCUGGACCAGAGAGUAAACCACAGUAAAAACAAAUACACAAUUACAUUGGCUCUCAGAUCCAGGACACUCCCAUACAUAAAAAAAGUCAUGAAAAAUAGUCAAAUAACCGAAAUACCCCUGUAAUUUCUUCACAGAAACAUUAGUCCAUCGCCACCAAUUUGGCUUGUUUUGGUGGUAGUCUAAUGUAGUGUGCUAACUCAUAUUAUGUGACCGUCUCACGCACAAUUUCUGGCCUUGAUCCUGUCUCUGUUCCAGAGACGAUUAUCCUGUCGUAGAGACCUGGGAGACAAGGUAAGAAGGCCUGGUGCCUCGAUUCUUGAGUAACCUGAGUGGAGCUCCCGCUUCAUGCUUCGGACUUGGAAGGCUGCUGGCUCCGCCCCCCAACUGUUUAACUAUUUAAUAAGUGGUAUUUGUUUAAGAAUUAAUAUUUGUAUAUAUUUCCCUUAAAUAUUUGCAUUCAUUAAUUGGAUAUUUCGUAUUUUGAUUUGAGAAAAGAAGGGAUAUGCAACCCUUGAUUAAUUCCAUUAUGAUAUUAAUAAAUACAUCUGUAAUGGUGGUUUUUAAUCAAAAGUAAUUUUAGCUCUCUAUUUUUUCAGAUAUCUCCUAUAACACUAUCAACUGUCAUUCCUUGCUGACACUGAAUAGGUGAUAUCCGCAUCUGGAUAUCUCUUGCUUGCUUAUUGUUCUAUUUCUCAAUUCCUAGAUCGGAGGCACUAAUUUAUUUUAUCGACGAUGGUUGGUCUCGCAGUCUCACCAGAGGUUGCCUUGGCAGAUGAGCCAGUGAAAAUCCAUGCUUGGGGCCUACCUCCUCACCAGCGAAUUACACUGAGAGCCUGGCUGAAAGAUGAAAAAGGGCAGAUGUUCCAAUCUCGAGCUUUUUACAAAACUGAUAGCAAGGGGAACGUGGAUCUGGAUCACGCUGCGGCCACUGGUGGAGAUUUUCAAGGAGUUCAUCCCAUGGGACUCUUCUGGUCACUAAAACCGAGCACCCCCUUUCUAAGGCUGAUAAAACGAGAUGUAAUGAACAGUCCAUUCCAUGUCCACCUGGAGCUUUAUCUAAACGUGGUUGUUAACCCCUUUGCAGAGCUUCCUGUGGCCAGUAAAGUCGUGGAAAGAUGGUAUGUGGCUCCUGGUGUUCAGAGAAUACAAAUAAAACAAGGAAGGGUUCGGGGUGCUCUCUUCCUCCCUCCAGGUAAGAAAUUGUGUUUAGUUUUGUUAGUUGUUUAACUGCAAAGAUACGCUCCAUUAAAAUUCAUUAAACCAGUAGGUGUUAUUUAAAAAAAAAAAAAAGAUGGAGAUGGCAAGAUAUUUAGUACAGGUAUUUUGGGGAAUAUGAAUAGUAGAUAAAGUGCGCCAAAGGAAUCAUGUGGGGAAUGUGGGUGUGGAUUUUCAUACUGGUAAAAAUCAAAUGAGGAAAAAUUAUGCCAAAAGUUACCAAAAAUAACUUUAACUUGAAUUGAAUGAAGGAAGAUGUUUAGGGUAUAGUUCAAUGAUGCUUUGCUCAACUAUGUAAUAAUUGCCCCCUAAAAAGGACUCUAGCUAGUGAUUACUCCAGUACACUCUGCCUCCUGAGUGUUGAUGAUCUUUAAUGUCUACUCUAGAGAGAAUGAUUUAAUUGCAGAUAGGGUAACAGAUCCACCGAAGAUAUGGACUAUUUAUAAUACCCAAACUGGCCAUUUGGAAACAAUGGUUUUGCAACAGAGCACGCAUGGUGUCUGUAUUGUCUAGUCUCUCCAUGCUAGUCCACUGCCAAUUUCAACUAUUCUAUGAUUCAUUCCCCUACUCCCAUGAGUGAUAUAGGAAGAGGGUGUACUCUGGGUACGUGAUUCACUAAGGUAUGCAGAUUAUAUAUGUAGUGGAGAGCGGAUAUCCCACAGACUAAAUCCGCUAUAGAUCCCAGUACGGCUCAAGAACAAGUAAAUAAUCCCAGUAGAAUAUCCAGUGACAGAGUAAUCCAGCCGCGUAGCAAGCGAUAAUAUAAUCCCAUCACCUUUCCCAAUCACUGGAUGACACACAGUAUCAGAAGCAGAACUGAUAUUUAAUCACACAACCCCUGCUUUUAUGCAAUCCUCCCACGCAAGGGAGACACCCACCAUAAUUAUUACAAUAACCAAUUGGGUACAAGGUACAACCCACACAUCUCGUCCCCUCAGGUAAACAUUUAACAUAAUUAAAAGGUACACAAUUUUCCCCAAGUUCUAGAUGUACCCAAAUACAUAAGGUACACCCCUAAAUGGUAUCCCCUGACAACAUACUCAAAAAUCACCCAGAUCGGAGCAGGGGUUCGGGAAUUAUGGAGGUGUAAAGUUUUGACCGACCGCACAGGCAAAAGUAGCCAAAAACAGUUCCAUGAGUUUUGGCCUUGCGGUUGGUCUCUUUUGUGUCUAAAAAGUCCCGAACUCAAUGCCAUACAGGGCUGUGUUUGCCUUCGGAUGAAUCCCCUUGUUCGUGGGAUUCAAACUACCGAACAGCAGGCCGUUCAGGAGUUUCUAUCAGUCUCUUCCCUAGUUCUGGAGGUCUCAGCGGUGUUCGCUUAGACGAGUGUCCGAUUUUAGUUCCAUACACUCGACGGCAAAACACAGUUGUUCGGGAGUUUAAGAUGGCCGCUGCCUCGUGUUCGGCUCCAGAAAUGGCUGCCACCCAGGAACUUUAACAAUGAGUUCGUGCUUUUCAAUGGGAAAUUCAAUGAAGCGAACGGGAGGUAGAUUUAAGUCACACUUCGCAUCAGGGUGGUCCGGUGAUUCGGUAGUUUGGAUCGUAUACCGAAUGGAGUGGUUCAAUACAGUCUAUGGGGAAUAAUUAGACGAAUGCUUUAAAUUCACAUGAACGUCUUUAUAAGUGAUUCACACGAAAGUCUUGGAUCAAGUAAACAAUAAACGGGUGGUAUGCUGGACAGCCAGGUGGACUCUGUUACAAUGUAUGUAUUGACAAAGAUCAGAUAUUUACCCAAAUGGAAUCAACUGACAGAAACCAAAUCAUCAAUAGAGAAUUAUUCUACUGUAUCAAACCUUAAAAGAUUACAAGAUUUCUGCCACCUUAUUUGACCCUUUCAGGACUAAGCAUUGCUUGCCUAGAAUCACAACUUUGUCCCUUAAGACCAUAUGGCAACAUGAAAUAUCGUUCCUUGUAAGCAUCAGCAUUGCUAAACAGCACUACUUUUUUAAUGCAUAAAAUAUUACAUUUUGUAAUAAGAUCUGUUAACAUAAGAUUUUUACAAGGGUAUAGAGCAUCAUGGUCCUUAAGGGGUUAACAGUACAUUACAAAUAGCUUUAUGUGAUCGCAAUGGCCAGUCAGACAAAAAAAGUUAUUCUAAAGUGCCCCAGACUAGGGGCUAUGAGUAUCAUUGUGUUAGCAGUAGAUACUCAUUAGUACCACUGAAACAUCACCAUUAAAAAAGGUCCAGUUGGAGCUGGCUGAUUGGGACCAUACAGCCUGUGAGUGUAUCCAGAGGCUAGCACUGAUGUUACUAAUACUAAUGGUGUCACGGAACACAUCUGCACACAGCGUGACACUCUUCUUACACCUAUAUACAAGGGGGCCAAUAUUCAGAGUAGGGUUUGAGGAGCCAAUAACAUUUUUAUCAAUGAACCAAUGUCAGUGAUAUUACAAUGAAUGCUUAACGUAUAGUUUGUCUGACUAGGUACAGAAGAUGACCUAUUUUAAAUGAGCUCUAUUUGCUGCUUUGCAAAGUGAGGCUUGUUCUAUUGCAUUGUUCGUAACAUUAGUUAAUGUUUGAGGCUUUAGCACUCAAUUUCUCCAUGGAUAUUCUCAAUGAGCUGCUCAAGUGAACACAAUUUGUUCACACCGCUUAUUCGGAUAUCCCCACAGAAAGAAAUCAAGAGCUGAAAGGUCGGGUGAAUGUGGCAGUCAAUUAAUCUGGGAAUUUCUUGAAAUUGUCUGCCCCCCAAACAGUUGUCUCAGUUGUCCAUUGUGGUCAUGGCUGUUUGAAAAUAAAAUUCCACUAUUUUUACUUGUUCCUUCAUGAAAUUACCCAUGAUGAAUCUACCAAGAUUCAGUUAUAACAUAUAUAAAUUAGAAAACAAAUGAGCAACAAACAAAAAAGUUAUUUGUCUGUCAAAACCUACUCUGAAUUUUGGUCCACCCUGUAUAUGCUAAUGGUAUUUGGGUUGGAACAGAUUCCUACCUAGGACUGCUGCUAUUUCACUUUCACACCAACAUUAAAGUUUAUAUGUAGAUUAUUUUACUACUCAUUUCACACUUUUAUAUUCAUUGUGCAGGAUGUUUGCCUAAAUUUUCUUGAGUUUAACUAAAACUAUCAUAACAUACAAAUGAUUAUAUUUUUAAUACAUCCUUAUGUCUGCAAUGUAAUUUAUUAAUUUGUCGAUUUGUAUUCCUUAGGUGAUGGACCUUUUCCAGGGGUUAUUGAUAUGUUUGGGGGCGUUGGUGGAUUGGUGGAGUUUCGAAGUAGUCUCCUAGCUAGUCGUGGCUUUGCUUCUCUCGCUCUGGCUUAUUUUGCCUAUGAUGAUCUACCAAGCUACCUAGGGAUCAUGGAACUAGAAUACUUUGAAGAAGCUGCUAAUGUUCUACUGAGAAACCCAAAAGUAAGUUGUAAAGAGAUUGUUAUUAGGGUUGUAGUCCACAACACCUGGAAUGCCAUCUGUUUAAUAUCUCUUAUCUAGUGGAUACUGUAUUUACUCGAAUCUAAAGCGCCAUUGUAUCUAAUGCACACCUCCAUUUUUUUAAACUUAGAAGAUAAAAAAAAGUUUUUUGCUGGCGAAUGUAAUGCGUAUUUAUGCAAGAAGAUAUUAUUAUAAAACAUUGUGAAACAAUGAAAAUGUUUAUUGCCAUAUGCCAUAGUAACAUUGAUGGUAUUAUAAUUGUAGUGUUACAUGUUAAGUCUAUUCUUUCUUACACCCUCUUUCAAAUGUGCCUGUGUAAAUUCGCCUGUAAUGCAAUUUGCCUGUAUGAAUUCACCAGUUUUAAUUCGCCCCAAAUGUAAUGCGCCAUCAAAUCCAAAGAGCAUUCAAAUUUUGGAAACUUUAUUUUCCAAAAAAAGGUGCGCUUUAGAUUCGAGAAGAUACAGUAUUUCUAAGAAAUGAGAUGUGGCCAUAAACUAUAAGAAAGAGGAGAGGUUAAAAAUCCAGGUACACAUGGAAGACAGAUACUACCCAAUCAAGCACAACCAUAAAUCUAUACAAAAAUAUGUAUUAGGUUCACAGAAAUACAUAUCAAUAAAUCAAAACAAAAAUUCACAUACAAAUGGUACAGAGAAAUUGCAACAAAUUCUAGAAUUACAUGCAAGUAAAAUAUAUUGUAUACGGAUUGCUAAAUACCAAGGCAUCUUUAUCAAGGCAUUUUUCUUGCCGAAACGUUGGGGGCUUGCUGACUGAUUUUCUUCCCUCUUCUCACUAGGUCUGGUAUGCAUUUGCCUUUCCUGUAUAGAUUUAUUGGUGAGUUGUUAUGAUUUGGUAUCUCAACUAUUCAUUUAUUACAUUGGUAUUCAGCAAUUCGUUUACAAUAUAUUUUGCUUGUAUGUAAUUCUAGAAUUUUCUGGCAAUUUCUCUGUACCAUUUUUAUGGGAAUUCUUGUUUUGAUUUAUUGAUAUUUAUUAUUAUUUUAUUAUUUUCCGUGGACCUAUCUAAUAUAGAUUUUGUAUAUAUUUAUGGCUGUGCUCCUUGAUUGGGUAGUAUUUGUAACUUUCUGGUCCUUUGGGAAUGGGACCUUGUAUGAGUGAGCACUCAGUAUCAUUUGUCUAGUUUUUGAGACUUUCUUUAUUAACAUUUGGCGUGUGCCUACCUAUUUCUAAUUAUUAUCACACAUGGAAGACAGAAAGAGAAACCUUCUAGUCAUCCUUUUCAUUAAGUUAAAACAUUUGAAUGAUUAAUACGAAAAAGGUCAAAUAUAAAUACCAAAAACCAUUCAUGGCUGGAACUCCAUAUAAAAAAAAAGUUAGAGGAGAUGCCACCAGCAUUCUUAAAGGGACAUUAUAGUCACCAGAACAACUACAGCUUAAUGUAGUUGUUCUGGUGAGUAUAAUAGCUCCUUUCAGGUAUUUUCAUGUAAACGCUGCCUUUUCAGAGAAAAGGUAGUGUUUACAUUGCCCCUAGGGACACUUCCAAGUGGCCACUCCUCAGACAGCCACUGGAGGGGCUUCCUGGCUCAGUGCUACACAAAAGGCAGCAGUGUCGUUCAGCGUCCACACACUCUGCAUGGGGACGCUGAAUUUUACUCAUAGAGAUGCAUUGAUUCCAGCGCCCGGCAGACCCAUGGAAAGCUGAAAAGGGUGAGGGGGUAAAGGGGGGCAAGUCACCUAAAUGGUGGGUUUUCACUAUACGGUCAGGAAUACAUGUUUGUGUUCCUUACCUUAUAGUGAUCCUUUAAAGUGGAAUCCGCAUGGGACGAGAGCAUCCUGCAGAAGCACUUUCAUUAGCCCAGCCCCCAAUGGACUGCAGGGAAGCCACCAUCCUGCUGCUAAGAAGCAAAAAGGAGGGUGGCCAAAAUAACAUUAUUGUGAAUGUGUGUAUUGCAGUAUGUGUGUCCAGCAGUAUGCUUGUGUGCGUUGCAGUGUAAUAUUGUGUGUACAAAGCAUUAUGUGUGGCAGUGCGUAAGUAUGUGUAUGCCUGGCAUUGAGGUGGGAGUGUAUUGGGUCAUUGUGUGUUGGUGUUUGUGUGUAUCUCAUGAAUGAGUGACAACAUGAUGAUCUUUAAUGUCUACUCUAGAGAGAAUGAUUUAAUUGCAGAUAGGGUAACAGAUCCACCGAAGAUAUGGACUAUUUAUAAUACCCAAACUGGCCAUUUGGAAACAAUGGUUUUGCAACAGAGCACGCAUGGUGUCUGUAUUGUCUAGUCUCUCCAUGCUAGUCCACUGCCAAUUUCAACUAUUCUAUGAUUCAUUCCCCUACUCCCAUGAGUGAUAUAGGAAGAGGGUGUACUCUGGGUACGUGAUUCACUAAGGUAUGCAGAUUAUAUAUGUAGUGGAGAGCGGAUAUCCCACAGACUAAAUCCGCUAUAGAUCCCAGUACGGCUCAAGAACAAGUAAAUAAUCCCAGUUUGCUCUCAGUCUGGAGCAAACCUACAUACUAUCACACAAGAAACUCACAAAUACUACAGAUAUCAUCCCCUGUACAUAAAUUCUAGCAAAAGAGGUCAAAACUCCACCUUCACCAACAAUACACACAAUAGGACAUGCAGCUCCCCAUACACAGCAACAGACACAAUACCACUCACUUACACACCAAUAAUACCCAUACAUAACACAAGCAGUAUACAACAUAUACAUUUGUCAUUUUCAUAUGAAAUAGGAACGACACUCCAAGGGACUUCAGAGUCCUGUGAGUCUUCUUUUAGCACAGUGCUGGUAAAAGGUUGCCUACACCUGUACUUGAUCCUAAACGACGUGGAAAGUUCUGCUUAUUUACCAUCUACUGCUCUGUCCAUCCCUGCUACUGUGAAAUGUGCUUUCCAUUUUCACACAUGAUCUUGUAAGACUAGAUUUUAUGACAUAUAUUCACUCUUUUAUUGGGUUUUAAUGGGUAAAAUAACAUUAUGAAAUCUGAUUUUGAUAGUCAUUUUAUAAAAAGAUGGACAACAUACUGUUCAACUACGUGAUGGAAUCAUAGCAGAGUAUUUAAAAGCUAAACUUUUGGGGGAACCUCAUGUAUGAUCAUAGAGUAUUGUAAUGACUUAUGCAACAAAUAAUUUCUCUCUUGCAGGUUUUGGGGGAUGGAGUUGGAGUGGUAGCUGUGUGCAAAGGGGCAGAGAUCGCACUUGCUAUGGCUUCUUAUCUGCCGCAGGUUAAGGCCACAGUCUGUAUCAAUGGAACCAAUGCUGUGACUGGCAAUUCUCUGAGCUACAGAGAUUUACAAAUAGAUGGAAUUCCAUAUCAAGUAGACAGAAUUCUAGUGACACAUUUUGGAUCUCUUGAGUUGACUCAUACACUGGGAGAUACCAAGAAACCAGAAUAUGAAGACUGCAUACUUCCCUUGGAAAAGGCCAGGGGGCCCAUCCUCUUCCUGGUAGGAGAAGAAGACCGUAAUUAUGAUAGCUUGACGUUUUCUAAAGAAGCCAAAACCAGGGCUGAGAAGUUUGGCAAGAAGGAUGUGCAUGUCCACUCUUUCCCAGGAGCUGGACAUCUGCUGGAACCACCUGGAGCACCUUUCUGUCCAGUGUCAAAAUCUACUUUCUUUCCUCUUCCCCUAACAUGGGGUGGAGAGCUCAUAGCACAUUGUAAAGCACAGGAAACGUGCUGGAGAGAGACACAGGACUUCCUCCGUAUCAAUAUAGCAGGCUGUCCUAGGCAGAGUAAGCUGUGAAAUUAUGACAAUAGUUUGUGGUUGUUAAUCAGCAUUCACUGUUUAGUAACUAAACCCUUUAAUUUCAAUUAUUUUAGAUUUUCGAGCUCUGGACAAAACAAAGGCAUAUAGACGUUUUAAGUAAAAAUAAAGAUUAG